AAAAAAAAAAAGCUGUCAUGAUUGAUUUCAAUUAUUCAGAGAUAUCAUCAUAACAAAAUAAUGAAAAUUUCCUUAUUCGCGUAAUGAAUUUAAUAAUAAAUUUAUUAUUAUUUGAAAAUGAUUUUAUAACAGUCGAAAUCGUACGGCAGAUAUUUGUUGGCCCCUCCUCUUAUAUCAUCAUCAACAACUCUCACAAGACAACAAAGCCCACAGAGAUAGAGACACACACUAAAACCCUAAUCUCUCACUCACUGUCUCUCUUAGCAUCCAUGUCUUCAACACAAGAAGCUUCCGUUACUGAUUUACCCGUGAAGAGACCUAGAGAAGCAGAGGAGGACAAUAACGGCGCCGCCAUGGAAACAGAGAACGGUGGAGGAGAAAUAAAGGAGCCUUCUUGUAUGUCCUCUGUUAUUCCUGGAUGGUUCUCUGAGAUCAGUCCUAUGUGGCCAGGAGAAGCGCAUUCUCUGAAAGUAGAGAAGAUUCUCUUCCAAGGAAAAUCAGAUUAUCAAGAUGUUAUUGUUUUCCAGUCUGCAACAUAUGGAAAGGUUUUGGUUUUGGAUGGAGUGAUUCAACUCACUGAGAGAGAUGAAUGUGCGUAUCAAGAAAUGAUCACUCACCUUCCCUUGUGCUCUAUCUCUAACCCCAAAAAGGUCUUAGUUAUUGGAGGAGGAGAUGGAGGAGUCUUACGGGAAGUGGCACGUCAUAGUUCUGUUGAGCAGAUUGACAUUUGUGAAAUUGAUAAAAUGGUGGUUGAUGUGGCUAAGCAGUAUUUCCCUAAUGUAGCAGUUGGAUAUGAGGAUCCUCGUGUCAACCUCAUCAUUGGCGAUGGUGUUGCUUUCUUGAAAAAUGCUGCUGAAGGAACUUAUGAUGCAGUUAUUGUUGAUUCAUCGGACCCGAUUGGUCCAGCCAAAGAGCUAUUUGAGAAACCUUUCUUUGAGUCAGUGAAUAGAGCUCUUCGUCCUGGUGGAGUUGUGUGCACACAAGCAGAAAGCUUGUGGCUUCACAUGGACAUCAUCGAAGACAUUGUUUCGAAUUGCCGUGAGAUCUUUAAAGGAUCUGUUAACUACGCUUGGACCAGCGUUCCAACUUACCCGAGCGGAGUCAUUGGAUUCAUGCUUUGUUCAACUGAAGGACCACAUGUCGAUUUCAAGAAGCCAGUGAAUCCAAUAGAUGCUGAUGAAAGCUCUAGCAAAUCACAUGGACCCUUGAAGUUUUACAACGCUGAGAUUCACUCUGCCGCUUUCUGCUUACCCUCUUUUGCUAAGAAGGUGAUUGAUUCGAAAGCCAACUAGAAAGAGAAGAGAAAUCGUUUACUUAUGAAAAAUUUCGCGUAGAGAUGAAUCAUGAUGAUGUUGAUGAAUAAAAAGUUUCAGUUUUUAUAAUGUAAUGUUUCUUCGUUGCUCAACAAUGGUCUGUGACUGCACUGAGAUGCAACUAGUAAUUACUAUCCAUCUCUGUUUAUUUGCCUUGAACAAUUUUCAUAUAAAUCUAUAAUACAUAUAUGUAUAUGUUUGAAUUUUGAAAA